CCUAGGUGUGUCACCACCCAUUUUCCCCAAUAUCACAAUCAACCAAAAAAACAAGUUCAUCCAUUCAUAUAUACCCACCAAAAACCUUUCAUAUCUUAUCAUUAAUUUCUCCCCUCUCAUUCUUCUUCUUCUUCUUCUUCAUCUAUUCAUCUUCUUCCCACAGACAACCCAAUCAUUUGCAGCAACUGAUUUUUCACAACUAACAAAGAUGGGGAGGAAGUGCUCACAUUGUGGGAACAUUGGCCACAACUCAAGAACCUGCAACACAUUCAGGCCACCCCCUCCUUCUUCUUCUUCUUCAUCUCCUUCUCCUUCUUCUGGACUUAGGCUUUUCGGUGUCCAACUCGACAUGAUUGUGCCUUCUCUUCCUUCUACCACCACCACCACUACAACUUCUCCAUGUUCUUCUGGCUCUCCUUCUUCUUCAUCUUCUUCCCCUCCUUCCUCUGCUUCUAACUUUGCCAACAUCAGAAAGAGCUUCAGCAUGGAUUGCUUGUCUUCUUCUACUUCCUCCUCCUCUAACUACAACAACAACAACACCAUUCCUUACCACCAUCACCACAACAACAAAACUUCCAUGGGGUAUCUCUCUGAUGGCUUGGAAAUGGGCAGAGUCCCACUUGACAAAAAGAAAGGGAGUGCCAUGGACAGAGGAAGAGCACAGAAAAUUCCUUCUUGGGCUCGAGAAGCUAGGGAAGGGAGACUGGAGAGGCAUCUCUAGAAACUUUGUCACAACCAGAACUCCAACACAGGUUGCUAGCCAUGCUCAGAAGUACUUCCUUCGACAAGCCUCCCUCCACAAGAAGAAGAGGCGCUCCAGCCUCUUCGAUCUCAUUGGCAACGGGGCUAGUUGUAUGAACAUUGACAGCCAAGAGGGAAGAGGAUCCCAACAUCAAGUUUACACCAUCAGUCAUUACAAGGCAGCCCUUCUGAAGAGUUCCUAUGAGCAGCAUGUCCCAGAAGCAACAGCUGGUUACGGACAUCGUAACAACUCGUUAGAAGUCGCCAAUGAAUCAAACAUUCUUCCAGCAGCCGAGGAGCGGCUGCUGGAAUUAUCUUUAGCGGGUCCAUCAUCGACGACUCCAGCUUGAGAGUCGUCGAAAAAUUCGACUUCCCAAACCUGGCCUUCUCGUCAAGGUCACUUGAAGAAAACUGAAGUUCAAGUUAAUUAACUUAUGUGUCUUUUUUUUUUAAUUUCUACUCUGUUCUUUCUCCUCUCUCUCUCACAGUAGUUAGUACAAGUCUCUGUAGUACACAUACCCCUCAACUGCAUCAUCUCUUGGAAAAUUAAUAUAUUGUAGUAUAUGUGUUAGAUUCAAUGAAAUGGAAGAAUCUUUUGUGCCCAAAUCACUAAAAAUAAAUAAAUGG